UUGUAGAAGCAUCAAUGCUGCUAUCCGCAACAUUCACCAAUCAUGAACUCAUGAAGCAGGUUCUUAGACAAUCACCAUCUAUGGUGAUCCCCGCCUGUGCUCAGCUCACACCUGAUUUCUAUGAAGAAUCGUGCCCCAGUGCAUUGCCCACUGUGAAAAUGGUCGUGGAGAGGGCGAUCCAGAAUGAGCCACGCAUGGGAGCUUCACUGCUCCGCCUGCACUUCCAUGAUUGUUUUGUCAAUGGUUGCGAUGGAUCAAUUUUGCUUGAUGAUAAUCCAAAUUUUAUUGGCGAGAAAACGGCUGCGCCCAACUUAAAUUCUGUUAGAGGCUUCGAAGUAGUGGAUGAAAUGAAGGAAGAGGUUAAUUUGGCUUGUAAUGGCAAUGUGGUCUCAUGUGCUGACAUUCUAGCCAUUGCAGCUCGCCAUUCUGUCCAAAUUUUGGGAGGCCCAAACUACGAAGUGCUGUUGGGAAGAAGAGAUGCAAGGACCGCCAGUCUCAACGACGCCAACAACGACAUUCCUCCCCCGUCUUCAAGCCUCCCCGCUCUGCUCUCAAACUUCCAAUCUCAUGGGCUGGGCCUCAACGACCUCGUAGCCCUCUCCGGGGCCCAUACAAUUGGGUUCGCCCGCUGCACCGUCUUCCGGGCCCGUAUCUACAACGACACCAACAUGGACCCUCAGUUCGCGGCCUCGCUAAGGAACCAGUGCCCCAUCAACGGCGGAGAUGGCGCCACGCACCCGCUCGAUCCAACGGCUGCGAUAUUCGACGAGGCCUACUUCAACGGCCUGUUGGGCCUGCAGGGCCUUCUGCAUUCUGACCAGGAGCUCUUCAGGGGGGACCCAAAUGGGCCCACUGAUGGGCUUGUGCGGCUCUACAGUCAGAACCCAGAUGCAUUUAAGCAAGACUUUGCGGCCUCCAUGAUCAAAAUGGGUAACAUCAAACCGCUCCUUGGGACUGAUGGAGAGAUCAGAAUGAAUUGUAGGAAAAUUAAUUAAUUAAUUAAUGAACUUUGGGAGCCUAUAAUGUUUUUUUUUUUGGUGUGUAAUUCAUUUACGAAGUGUUUAAGAAAGUGACAUUUGAAUUUGAAUUUUUGUAAAUCUAAAUAUAAUAUUUAAUAAAUUAGUUAGAAUUUUGCUUAAA